UCUCUCUGUGCUGCUCCUUCGACCUAUCUAUAUUUCUCUCUCUUUAGAAUCUCAGGGCUUCCUUUGGCCAUUGAAAAAUCUCUCUCCGCUCUUCUUUUCCAGGCGAAUUUUUAUUUAUUCAGCGGCGAAAUAAGGGGAAGGAACGGCGGGGAAGAAGUUUUCGGGGGUGUGAAAUGGCCGGGACUGCUGGUGAGGAAUCUGGAGCGGGAAGGUCGAUGGAGGGGGUUUCGGGUGGGCAGCGUUGCCAGUCGGGGGAGUUGGCGGAAUGGCGGUCUUUGGAGCAGGUGGAGAAUGGGACUCCGUCUACUUCGCCGCCGUAUUGGGAUACGGAUGAUGAUGAUGAUGGUGGGCCUAAGCCAUCCGAGUUGUAUGGAAAAUAUACGUGGAAGAUCGAGAAGUUUUCUCAGAUUAACAAAAGGGAACUUCGUAGUAAUGCAUUCGAGGUUGGCGGCUACAAAUGGUACAUCUUGAUCUAUCCUCAGGGUUGUGAUGUUUGCAAUCAUCUCUCUUUGUUUCUUUGUGUUGCCAAUCAUGACAAACUUCUUCCAGGUUGGAGUCAUUUUGCCCAGUUUACUAUAGCUGUGGUAAAUAAAGAUCCCAAGAAAUCAAAAUAUUCGGAUACGUUACAUCGAUUCUGGAAGAAAGAACAUGACUGGGGAUGGAAAAAAUUUAUGGAGCUGUCAAAAGUGUUGGAAGGGUUUAUUGAUGCCGACACACUUAUAAUAAAGGCUCAAGUUCAAGUCAUCAGGGAGAGAGCAGAUCGUCCAUUCCGUUGCCUUGAUUGCCAAUAUAGGAGAGAACUUGUUAGAGUAUACCUGACAAAUGUAGAGCAAAUUUGCCGCCGUUUUGUGGAGGAGAGAAGAGGCAAACUUGGAAAAUUGAUUGAGGAUAAAGCAAGGUGGUCAAGUUUUUGUGCUUUCUGGUUGGGAAUUGACCAAAAUGCUAAGCGCCGUAUGUCAAGGGAGAAGACCGAUGCAAUUCUGAAAGUUGUUGUUAAACACUUUUUUAUUGAGAAAGAAGUCACGUCUACAUUGGUAAUGGACUCAUUGUAUAGUGGACUAAAGGCUCUUGAAGGCCAGACUAAGGGCAAAAAAAAUAGGGUGAAAUUGCUAGAUGCUGAAGAAGUGCCAGCGCCGAUUGUUCGUGUUGAGAAAGAUACGUUUGUUUUGGAGGAGGAUGUUGUAUUGUUACUUGAAAGGGCUGCCAUGGAACCAUUACCUCCUAAAGAUGAAAAGGGUCCUCAGAACCGUACCAAGGAUGGGAACUCUGGGGAGGACUUCAACAAAGAUUCUAUCGAGCGUGAUGAAAGGCGCCUUACAGAAUUGGGUCGUAGGACUGUGGAGAUAUUUGUCCUUGCCCAUAUUUUCAGCAACAAAAUUGAAGUUGCCUACCAGGAAGCUGUUGCACUGAAGAGGCAAGAGGAGCUCAUCCGUGAAGAAGAGGCUGCAUGGCUAGCUGAAUGUGAACUUAAGGCAAAGCGUAGUGAAAAAGAGAAGAAAUCAAAGAAAAAACAGGGUAAACAGAAACGCAACAAAAAAGGGAAGGAUAAAGGAAAGGAGGAACGGCCUAGCAUCGUGGUUCAGGACAAACAUCAACAAGAAAACCUUAUUGAUGAAAGAAAAGGGUCCAUGAGAGAGGAUUUGCAACCUGUCCUUGAGAAGCCUGAUACACCUGAAGAUGUAUCCGAUGUUUCUGAUUCAGUAGAUGGUAUUGCAGAAGCCCAGCCUGAUUCAGAAGACAGAGAUGCUAGUCCAAUCAACUGGGAUACUGACACAUCAGAAGUUCAACCCUCCAUAGAAGCUAGUAGCAGUGGACUAUCUUCUGGGCAAAAUGGAAUUUCUGAUAAAAAGAGCCCAUCUUUUAUGGAUGAUAGUUCGUCAACAUGUUCCACAGAUUCAGUCCCAUCGGUCGUAAUGACUGCGCCUUACAAGGGAAGCUCGUAUGCCAAGAAUCAAAAAUCACCUAGCAGGGGAAAGAACCAACGAGGAAAGGUAUCAUCGGAUGGCACUAGUUGGGCAAAUGAGACAGAUAAUCAGCCUUUUGGGCCUGCAACUGAUGCAGUGGACAUGAAUGGCGUUUCUGGUUGUAGUAAGACUGGUGAAUCCGAGUCUGAGGCUGUUGUUAGCUCCUUGCAGGACCGCAUAAAAUGGCUUGAGCAGCAUGUGGUUAAAAAGGACGAAGAAGUACUUUCACUGCAGAAAAAGUUGACUGUCAAAGAUCAGGUUGAGACAGAAAGAUCCACUAAAGAGAAGACACCACCACCACCACCACCACCACCACCAACGUGCUCUCCUAGUAGCCCUACUAAAAGUCUACCAUCAACAAUUCAACCAAAGUCCGAGUUCCAGAAUAGUGCCAGUGUGGAUUCUGUUCAAGUUAGGAAAGUGUCCUUAAAUAGCCCUCAACAGGUUGAUAGAACAUCACCUUUGCUAACUUCAUCCCAGCCCACUGUCAUGUCCAAACCGGAGACUCAGAAGGCUGCAACUCCAAAAUUGGCUGAAAAAGCCAUGGCGCAACAGGUGCCUGUGAUGUCGCGACCAUCUAGCGCUCCUUUAAUUCCUGGUCCUAGGCCAACGGCUCCGGUUGUUUCCAUGGUUCAAACAUCUCCCUUACUUGCCCGUUCGGUGAGUGCAGCUGGCCGGUUGGGUCCCGACCCCUCUCCAGCAACCCAUAGUUACAUACCUCAGUCAUAUAGAAAUGCCAUGAUGGGUAACCAUGUUUCUUUGAGUUCAGCUGGCUUCACCAACUCUAUCCCUCCAAGUUCAUCAGGGAGCCAAUCUUCAGCAUACUCACAGCCACCUCCUUUGGCAUCUGCCCCAAUGUUCAUCCCACAGAGCUCCGAAAGGGUGGACCCAGGUACUAUCAAGUCAGGCUUUCCUUUCGGCAUGGUGACAAGGGAUGGAUUACACAAUGGAACGCAAUGGAUGGAGAGUUCUCAAAGGGAAACCAAGAAAAGAAUGAACUAUGAUCCUCCUUUGCUGCAUAAUGACCUUCAGAACCUUGACUUAUACAAGCCUGUGAUGGGUGGAUCACGGGAUCAUUUGUCCGCAGACUUCCCUGCCUGUACGUCUGGACGCCAGACGCAAGGGUUGUCAGCAGCAGAUGAGUUCCCACACCUGGAUAUUAUCAAUGACCUGCUUGAUGAUGAGCACGGUGUCGGAAAGGCAUCCAUUGUAAGCUCAGGUUUUGAGCCCCUAAGCAAUGGGCCAAACCCCUUAAUUCGGCAGUUCUCAUUUCCCGGCGAAUUGAGUGUAGCUGAUAAUGUGGGAUCCUCUACUAGUUCUUGUAGGUUUGAGCGAACACGUAGUUAUCAUGAUGAACGAUACCAUAGGAGAUAUAGUGCUCCAGGAAGCCACUAUGAACCGGUUAGGGAAUUCGUUCCACAGACUAACCCUCUACCUUAUGUAAAUGGGCAGAUUGAUGGCUUGAUUCAAAACCAGUGGCAGAUGCAAGGUUCUGAUAUGUCUUUAGUUGUAAUGAGGAACGCAGAACAUGACGGUUAUGUUAGGAAUAGUGUCCUAGAAGUAUGA